AUGUCUGAUGGUCUCAACGAUGCCCGCGCUAUGCGCGUUGCCGAAAUCAUGUCUGAUUUCCGCAAUCUCCAACACUAUCUCGUCCAACUUCGAGCAUCACCAACGGCAGAGGAGUACUAUUUGGAGGGCUAUGCCCUUCUUAGGCAAUGUGCGAGCGAAGCCCAAUCCAUCCUCGCAGUGCCAUUCGCAGCGAACAGUGGUGCCGCUGGCGGCGACCCUGAGCGCCAGAAGCAGCAAUUGAGGGUCAUCAUAACCGACGCAGCGGUCCGCCGUUUCCAAUGCCAAAGAGCCUACCUGAGAGCACAUUCCGGACUUCGGUGGAUGAACUCGCGGAACAGUGUUUUGAGGGGCCAGAAGCCAAAUGCUAGUCAUUUGCACGCCCUACAGACCGCGGAUAAUACAUUGAGAAUGGAAUUGCUCGCCAUUACGGACGCCCACGUCGAUCAAACCCUCCGAAACCAAGAUGCCGCGCAAGGGAAAUGGCUCGGUGAAGACCCAUCGCUAGCUCAAAUCCAACACUUCCUCAUGUCUCGAUAAAGAAAAAUUCUUCCAUCAAAACACCCAUGCACCCGUUCUGUCUGGGUCAACCAAGUCAUGUCGAGUCAAUUCGCCACGCCGGUAGUCGGGAUCCCCCGCCUUUUCGCUCAGCCUUCUCUCUACCCUUCAUCUUUCCCUCCCUCUCUCGCGGUAUCGACUAGACAGACGAAGAAAAGCGCUACAUGAGUGUCCGAUCGUUCGCUUAUCGCUACGGCGCUGGCUUCCCCGACACGAGCCUGCCCACGUUUUUCGACACGUUCGAGAACACCCACUAGCGUCAACUUUAUUUGUUCCCGCCGAGCCUUUCCUUAUUUCAAUUACACUCCGCUUCCUGGACAAACGAACUGCAAAACAACGUACGAUAAAACGAAACGGACGGCCGAUGAGUUUUUUUUCCCUUCGGCGCUUUGAUAUUAUGGCACCAUUUUUCUCUUUUGGAAAACGAUACCCAUCUACAGCACGACAUGCCCCCUUUCUUAGACGCACGAAUCACGCGCGGGCGUUUAUCCCUGUAUAUACUUUUUUCUUCACUCUGGCUGGGGCUCGGUAUUGCUUCCCUUUUCUUCCAUUUUGUUCGAACUAGCAUUUUCUUUUUGUUGUUUUCUUUCUACCCCUGGGAUGUCGUGGUUGGUUAUUGCUGGACAAUGCCUUCCCCCUUCCCUACUAAGAUUAAAAUUGUUAGCUAUCACGUUUUAGUUGGGCUUUGGCGCGUGGAUUCUCGGUUCUCUCAUUUACUCUUUUAUAUUCUCUUAUCUGCCUUUUAUCCUAGCUAUACAUUUUUAUACUGUUUUCAACACAUUUAGAUAAAACACUCCUAUUUUUUCCAUCACUCUCUCCUCCCCAUUCCUAGUCAUCUAAAUGACCUUGUCUGUUUCCUCCUCUCUGCUUUUCUCUUCUCGUUUUUCUUGUGCCUUUUUCUUUCUUUGUUGCUUUUUGCACUUGUUUUUAUCUCUUGCAUACAUGGUCAGGCGUUCACAUAC